CGGGCACCAUGGUGCUGUCGGUGCCUGUGAUCGCGCUGGGCGCCACGCUGGGCACGGCCACCAGCAUCCUCGCGCUGUGCGGGGUCACCUGCCUGUGCCGGCACAUGCUGCCCAAGAAGGGGUUGCAGCCGCGGGACCCGGAGCCCGACCCCGAGAAGGCGAAGCCGGGUGUGCUCCGGUCAGCCCAACAGUUCAACGUUCAAAAAUCCACGGAGCCCGUCCAGCCCCGAGCCCUUCUCAAAUUUCCGGAUGUCUAUGGUCCUCGGCCAGCUGUGACAGCCCCAGAAGUCAUCAACUAUGCAGACUACACGCUGGGGACUACAGAGGAGCCCGCUGCACCCACCAGCCCCCAGGCCCCAAGCGACAGUCGCCUCAAGAGGCAGGUCACGGAGGAGCUGUUCAUCCUUCCCCAGAACGGUGUUGUGGAGGACGUCUGUGUCAUGGAGACCUGGAACCCAGAGAAAGCUGCCAGCUGGAACCAGGCCCCCAAACUCCACUACUGCCUGGACUAUGACCAGAAGAAAGCUGAAUUAUUUGUGACUCGCCUGGAAGCUGUGACCAGUAACCACGGUGGAGGCUGUGACUGCUACGUCCAAGGCAGCGUGGCCAUCAGAGCAGGCUCUGUGGAGGCACAGACAGCCCUGAAGAAGAGGCAGCUGCAUACAACUUGGGAGGAAGGCCUGGCUCUGCCCCUGGCCGAGGAGGAGCUCGCCUCAGCCACCCUGACGCUCACUCUGAGGACCUGCGACCGCUUCUCCCGCCACAGUGUGGCCGGCGAGCUGCACCUGGGCCUGGAUGGAGUGUCCGUGCCUCUGGGGACUGCGCAGUGGGGUGAGCUAAAGACCUCCUCAAAGGAGCCAUCUGCAGGAACUGGGGAGGUCCUUCUGUCCCUCAGCUACCUCCCAGCUGCCAAUCGCCUCCUGGUGGUGCUCAUCAAAGCCAAGAACCUCCACACCAGCCAGUCCAAGGAGCUUCUGGGCAAGGAUGUCUCUGUCAAGGUGACCCUGAAACACCAAGGUCAGCAGCUUAAGAAGAAGCAGACAAAGCGGGCCAAGCACAAGAUGAACCCCGUGUGGAACGAGAUGAUCAUGUUUGAGCUUCCCCAUGACCUGCUGCGGGCAUCCAGUGUGGAGCUGGAGGUGCUGGGCCAGGGCGAGGUGGGGCCUGGCUGUGCGCUGGGCCGCUGUAGCCUGGGCCUGCACGGCUCGGGCUCUGAGCGCAGCCAUUGGGAGGAGAUGCUGAAGAGCCCACGCCGGCAGAUUGCUAUGUGGCACCUGCUGCAUCUGUAGCCAGUCACUGCGCCACCCACCUUUUGGAGCUGUCCUCUGGCACAGCCGUCCAGUCAUUACUUCCUUGUGCCCCACCCCCUCACCUGCCCUCUUGUGGCAGAGCUGUCCUCCAGCCCAGCUGUACAGCCAUCCCUUCCUUGCGCCCUGUGCUCAUGCCAACACCCAGGAGACAGGGACAGACGUGUUGGCCAAGGCCAGGACCCUCUUCCUUUCUCAUCACAUUCCUGCCUCUAUCAAGUGAGUGAAGCCACCAGGGCAGUAUGUGGACGCUGGGCAUCAGGGUCACACAGAGGACCAUGUUCUGCGCAUCCACGUUAUGGAAGGAGAUGCACGCAUCUCAGAUACAUCUCAUGAGCAGGUAGGCUGGGGCCAGAUGCACAGGAAGUUUAGCUCAGAAAAUCGUGGAUGUGGAGAAUCUGGCCUUUGAAAGGGAAGCACCUCAGCCAUGACGAAGGACAUGGAUGGAUUCUGGGUAGGCUCAUGGGAUUAGGUACUGUGUGGGGAAUGAGCCCUGAGCCUGCAUUCAGUCACACCCUUGCUCACGGCAGCUCCCCAGCUUCCGUCUGAAGAUCGGGGCCUGUGGAUGUUCCACAUCUUGCACAUCAAUGCUCUUGGGGGAAGCUUCUGGGGCUUCCAAAGCAGUGUGGCAAGAGCUGUGUUUGAUGGGAUUCCUUCUGGAGCAUUCCAGACAUGCUUUCAGCCACCAUCCUGUAGGGGUAUUAGUGCUACAACCAGCAGGAUCUAGCGCUGGCAGUCUGCACAGUCAGUGUAAGCUCAAAGCCUCUGUGUUAAUUUAUUUUCAUAUUUACAUUGUGUUUAUGCGUCGUGGGCCCAGCUCAUGGGCUGUAUUAUGUGUUUAUUACCGAAGGAAUUUAUUAUUUUAUCUUAGAAAUGGUUUUUUAUUACACUUGGGGGGGGGGGCUUCCCUGACAAGCACAGGUGGACUCCGCCGUCAGUGACUGCUGGGUUCUGAUGGGUAGUCACGUCCACCAGCAUCACCCAAGUGUCUCCGCGGAACAGAUCUGCCCCUUUCAGCCUGCCGGCGCUUCAGGAGGAAGUUGGUCAUGAACGUGGUCUGUGUCGUCUGACCUUGUGAAAGUGGAGAUGGAGGACAGACAACUUGAAGGAGGAAAUGCAGUCUUCUGAAAAUGUGCCUCCCUUUCCUCCCUCAGUUUUGGGGACUGAUCCCUUUAACGGACGAACUAGCAGCUAGGUUUGGCUCUCUAGCUCAUUAUUUCCAAUGGAUGCCGCCACUGCGCACUAAGUCUAUAUCACGGGGCUGGCGGUGGGCAUAUGCUUAACUGGGAGCCAGGAUUCCCGUUCUGUUGCCUCCUCGCUGUACAAGGCCUUGAUUUGGCCAUUGUAACACAGGACGCCUGCGUCAUGGGAACCACUGUGCGGGAGUGACAUGAUGGAUAGUUCUGUUCAGCAACUGUGACAUUCCUUGCAGAGAACAAACUCUGAGGCACCCGCAGACCAGCUUGAAGCUAGAGGACUGUCUUUCAUUUCAAGUUGGCAACUGAGAAAGGCUGAACAAUGCCAACCAUCCUGACAUUUCCAAAGUCAAGGGUUCUGCACUUAAACUCCUUUAUGAUAACAUUCCAGCUCCCAAAAGCCAUCAGAUGUCAGCCAGCUCCCUAAUUUACUUGGGGAUUUGAGGACCAGAUGGGCAAAUACACUGUCCCUCAGGGGGUCCAGUUGAUAUGGGCCUCUUCCUGGAGAUCCGUGCAGAGACCUGGCAACCUUUGGGAGUUUUGUCCUUUCUACACGGAAAUAGAAAAUCAUUUGAAGUAACUUCUACCCAUAGAAAUAAGCAGUCUAAUUCCUCUUUUGUGGGCAAGUAUUUUAGACUCUAAGCCAGUCAAAAGGUUGACUAGCUUCUGUGAAGUUUUUGAGGUGAAGUGCUUGUCAGUGGCUUCCUGAAACAAAUUUCUGAGAUCUCUGUCUCUGCCCUAACCCAUUCUUUUUGGUCGGCACAGCAAAAAGAGAAUAAACCGCUAGCCUUCUCUUCUUAGUAACAUCUGCUACUAGAAUCUAGAAACAUUUGGAAGCUAGGUUGAAAGUCAGGGCAGGUGGCUGCUACUGUCUUUCCUAUCAAUCCAUGCACCUGGUUACCAGUCCCACUAAAGAACAUCUGAGAUGGGCUGGGUGCGGCCCAGGCCUGGAAUUUCCAUUCUACAUACAUUCACUGCUUUGGGUCUCAAAGGUCGUUUUCUAGACUGUAAACCAAGGGUUACCCCCGGUAGGAGUCACCUUCUACUGUAGGACAUCUUGAAUGCCAGUUGUCACUUCAGUUAGCAGAGGUUAGAGAAGAGUUUUGCAGGGGGGGUGGGCUCUGUAUAUUGUACUCACUGGCAUAUUCCAUGUCCCUAGAACAAAGCUAUGUCAUGGGAGUGUCCUAAGGAUUUGUUGAAUGAAUCAGUGGGUGGAGGAUGGAUGGGGAGAAGCCAGGAAACACAUGACCUAACAGUGACAGCCUGGGGACCUGUCAAUGCUAAAGUCAUCAGACGUCUUAGCCACUGCCUGGGGAUUCAUGCUGCUGAGUGUUAGUCGUCACCUAACUACAGGUCUAGCUCUCUAAUUGCUAUGUUCCUCCAGAAUAAUCAUGUGGGCACAUUGUAAAUCACCCAGAGAUGCCACACUGCCAAACUAAAACAAAAAACAAAACAAACCCCAAAACUUCAGUAACCUUUGCAUCAGUUUACUUUGUUCCAGGCACAUUUGCAAAUUACCUCUGAAUAACAGUAACCAAGUCUGUAUAAAUGGCAUCUGUCAGCUUUGACAAGAACACCUUGUUCUUUGCCAGGGAGCAUUUUCUAUCAAGAGUAUGAGGUCGAGUUGAAAAUAGAGAGAGAGAGAAGUUCAGGCUGAGACGAUGCCUCAGAGGCCACCUGCUCGUUCAUGGUGAGUCAGGAGUCCACCUUCACUGACCUGUGACCCCACCUCUGGCAUCAAAUCAGUGUAUACCCGUUGCGUAUCUGUCCAUCCAGGCUUUGUAUGCGUGUGUCCAUUCCCACCUGAGAUGACUCCUGGGGAGGGGCGAGUAGCAGACACCCUGCUCCAAGCCAAGCUGGACACAGAGCAGGACCCGGGAGCGCAGUCCAAGGUCAGUUCUUUUCAGAGGAAAACAGUCCUGGGUGGAAGGUGGCUGGAGUCCCAACCAAACUGAGGUGGGGCCCUUCAACAGAGAAAGCUAGUCUGUGCAGUUUGUUUCUGCUCUCGGCGUUUUCUACCGUCAGAUGCUCAGCAUUUGAUUUUAGUCCUUGGUCAAAGCACAAGAAGACGCAUGAGACAUUGUGGUCCUGUGUCUGAUGUCACACCACAGAGCACAAAUCUCACCAUAGUAAAUAAAGCAUUUUCAACUGGG